CCCCGUACACACUCGUUCCACCGCAGCAACAGGCCGCAAACCUCGCGUACAACCAUCUUCGAGUACGCGAACGUUUUUUUCCCCCCUCUGUUCUCUCCUCCUCCCUGCCGUCUCUCUUCUUCCUCCUCGCCUCGAAUCGGCCGAAAACCGCACACCACACGCGCGCACGCAUACACACGCGCGUCGGAGGGAAGAGGAAAACAUCGUCGGAGAGACCGGUUGAAAAAUCUCCCUCGUAGCCACACGAUAACGAGAGUUGCGACAUGAGGAGCUGUUUAUCAUCGUUGUACGUGCUGCCCUUCAUCUGCAACUGCGUCCUCGUUUCCUCCUCCGUGUUGACUACCCUGAAGGCCGAUGGAGGUUUAAGGAUCUUCAAAGACGCGCCCAACGAGUUCGAGGAAGCGUUGAAGAGGCAUAGCAUCGACUGCCGCUCGGACAAGAGAGAGAAUUCCCAAGGAUGCAGCGGCUCGUUUUUCAUUAGGGAUGAGCGUAGCGAUCCAGACGGAGGCAAAGAGAGAUUUUACAACGGCGACGGUGACAGAAGUUCGAACAGAUCCCCGCGCACUUGGAAAUCGCCCGACAUCGUGAUCAGAUUCGGCCGAGCGGGCUUCAAGAGCUUGAACAGGGAGCAGAAACGGGGAAGAAACGACUUGAAUUUCAUCAGAUACGGUCGAGGCAUGCAGAUUUAUCCGGACAGCGUUGUGACAGCGAUAUGCUCGAAUCUAUUGUCGAACGAGGACAUCCAACCAUACGAGGCAAGGUUAUUGCGUUUCUGUAACAGCUUGAACAACAAUGACGUCGAUCACAGAGAAAACCUGGACUUCUUCGAGGAUCGACUCGGCAUGAAGCACGAUUAAAAAGAAAAGAAACGCUCUCGAUCCAUCGCGCCAAUUCAUCGAGAUUUGUCGUGUGUCGACCUCUCGGGACGACUCGCCUCGCCUUAUUACGAUCUUACAAAUUUUUCCCAUGGACAACGUUGUUAUUGGCCGAUCCAUAUAUCGAGUUACGAACUUUCCUCGUAAGCUUUCUUGUAAAAUAAAUUUUAUAGAUUCGGUUCAUGCUUUCUCAUUCUCAAUAUAAAUUAGCGUUACGUUACUUGUAUAGAGGUUUUUUUUUAAUCCUUUGUAACUUGACGUUAUUAUAAUUAAUACUUAAUUUAUAUUAUUUUAUACAUUUAAUGUUUUUGUAAUUAAUAUAUAUAUAUAUAUUAUAUAUAUAUUACAUAUGUGUGAUGUGAUAAGACGUUUAUUAAAAUUUAAUUUAUGAUGGAAACGAAUAUUAGUUCGGCAUUGGAUCAUAACGAGUUGACAGUCCGACGGUAUACAGAUUUUUCUACUUAAAGUUUAAAGAUUUAUCGUUAUUGUAGUACAACUAUUUUUUCGAAUGUUAUCUUUAUUCGAAUAAAAGAAUUAUAGCUCAUAAAUAAUCGGCUGCGCAAAUUAUUGCAUUUUCAGUUUAUUAUUAUUAUAAAAUAAUAGUUUGCGAAAAAAACUAGAUUUGUUUAAAUUUUAUUCAAAAAUUAUUUAGAGAUACUCGUUCAGUUGAAUAAAAAUGGCCGAACGAAUAGCGUUGUUCCAUAUGUUUCUUCUGGGUAUUUUAAUAUGCAUCCACCUGCGUGUACAUAGGAAAAUUGUAUCACCGAUCUCAACAUCGACAUGACGUUGCACGCGAAUCGAUUCACAGGAAAUCGAAGAAGAAAAAAAAGAUAAAUCGAACGUUCGAACGAUCAUUGUCGAUGACAAAGAUAUCAUCGUUCCAUUGUUGUAUUGUAUCGGAAAAUAUUUUGGUCAAGUCCAUUUAUUAUUAUCAACGAAUCAUCUUCGUCAUUUUAUUUAUUGAUGAAAUAGCAACGAAAAUUUCGUAACAGAAAAAUUAAUCUCUUUUUUUAUUUUCCUUUUUCUUUCCGUGAUUUAUAAACAUUAUAUCUCUUAAAUAAUCAAAAUAUAUUAGGAUACAAAGGUUAGAAUCGAGAAUUUAAAAAAAAAGAUAAAGAUUCGCGAUAAGAAAAUUUAUAAAGGAAUAGAAAAAUUGAAUAAUAGAAAAAAUGCUUUUAAUUAUUGCGGGAUAGGGACGAGAUAUAAUAAUUUUAAAAGAUUAAUUAUUUAAAAUAAAAUUAUAUAAAUUGUAAAAUAACGUAAUGAAUUUGUAUCGUCUGAUGAAGUUAAACGAUAAUUAUAUCUUGUUUUUUAGCUCUUUCUUUUCGAAGAAAUGUAUCUUUUUAAAAAUACGUAAAUAGCUUUACUUGAAUUUAGUUAUUGUUUUUCUCGACUAUUCUAUGAUUGUAGUAUUACGAUACUGUAAUAUCGUCUGUAAUCUGAACAUCAUUCUUAAAAUGAAUGUAAUUUAAUACACACGUAUAAUUAAAUAAUUAAA